AGUGAUGAGUUAAGACGUGUAUUUACCAAACUCUAGCUCUUGUUGCAGUGCUUCCUUUUGUUUUGUUUUCUGUGAGUAAGAUCAAAACUCUCAUGUGGAAGGAGACAGUAGCUGCAUGUUAAUGACAAUAACAUGAUUGAAUCGUCGUUCAAUCCCAAACAAAAAUGAAGAAAAUAUUGGUUUGAUCCAUGAUAACAGAGGGAAAUAACGCUUUGAACUUGCCUUAUGUUCCAACUAUUUUACGAUAUGCUUUUCAUAAAAAGGUAAAAUGCCAGAAACAAUAUUGUAAGGCUCUGAAUUACCCUCCUUUGAUUCUUUCUUUCUUUUGUUUUCUUACAGGGUGAAAUUCUGGAGUGCUGCCUUUUGCUUUGAGAAGUCAUUGUUUAAAGGAAAAGAUCACAAGAUAAGAAUCUUUUGCCUUGUGAAACUCCAAAUGCUGUACAGCUAGGAUUUUGAAGAGAUUGGGCAAGGAACAAAUUCUUGCCUUCUCUGUUCAACUCAUAUUAUGUUCUUUUCUUCUUUUUAAUGUUCUUCACUUCAAGCCCAAGUUAGAUUAAUUUUCUUUAUUCCAAAGAGUGAGAAAUUGUUUGGUCCUUCUGUAUAUCUAUUUUCCAUAACCAAUCUUGUGUUUCCAUUAAAAUUCCCUGCUCACUUUUGAAGUCCUUCUGCAGUUCUCUUUCCCAUAACCAAUCUCGUGUCUCCUUUAAAAUUUCCUGAUCAUAUUUGAAGCCCUUCUUCACUUCUCUUUUCCAUUAACAAUCUUGUGUUUCCGUUAAAAUUUCCAUUCUCAUCUCCAUAACCAAUCUUGCGAUUUCGGUUGUUACCAAGACCCAGAUUUUCCAAAGCAAAACAGGCCAUGGCUGAAGCAAUUGUUUCUGCUCUUGUGAGUCCAAUCCUGGAGAACUUGAGCUUGCAGGCUCUUAAAGAGGCUGGGCUUGCUUGGGGCCUUGACACCGAGCUUGAGAAUCUCAAAAGCACCUUCGCAAUUGUUCAAGCUGUGCUCCAGGAUGCAGAGGAGAAGCAAUGGAAGACCAAGGCUUUAGAGAUUUGGUUAAGACGCCUCAAGGAUGCAGCUUAUGAUGUUGAUGAUGUGCUGGAUGACUUUGCAAUUGAAGCUCGAAGGCAUCGGCUGCAAAAAGAUCUAAAAAAUCGACUACGAUCCUUCUUUUCUCUUGAUCAUAAUCCACUUAUUUUUCGAUUGAAAAUGGCGCAUAAGUUGAAAAAUGUGAGAGAGAAACUGGAUGUCAUUGCCAAUGAGAACAAAAAGUUCGAGCUAACAACACGAGUUGGGGACGUAGCAGUAGAUACCUACGAUGGGCGGCAUACAAGCAACAUCCUGAAUGAAUCAAGCUCAGUCGUGAAUGAAUCAGAAAUUUACGGAAGAGGCAAGGAGAAAGAGGAACUAAUCAACAUCCUGCUCGCUGAUGCAGACGAUCUCCCUAUUUAUGCUAUAUGGGGAAUGGGGGGGCUCGGGAAAACAACACUUUCACAAAUGGUCUACAAUGAAAAAAGGGUUAAACAACAUUUCAGUUUGAGGAUCUGGGUGUGCGUAUCUACUGAUUUCGAUGUAAGAAGAUUAACAAGAGCCAUCAUAGAUUCCAUUGAUGGUGCUUCAUGUGAUAUUCAAGAAUUGGAUCCCCUGCAACGACGCCUCCAACAAAUGUUAACUGGAAGGAGGUUUUUGCUUGUACUAGAUGAUGUGUGGGAUGAUUAUACUGAUUGGUGGAGUCAAUUGAAGGAGGUAUUAAGCUGUGGAUCUAAAGGUAGUGCUGUGUUAGUAACUACGCGUAUUGAGAUGGUUGCUUUUAGAAUGGCAACAGCUUUUGUCAAGCACAUGGGUAGAUUGUCUGAAGAAGAUUCCUGGCAUUUGUUUCAACGGCUUGCAUUCGGGAUGAGAAGGAAAGAGGAGCGGGCACACCUGGAAGCCAUUGGAGCAUCAAUAGUGAAGAAGUGUGGUGGUGUUCCUUUAGCUAUGAAGGCACUCGGGAACCUCAUGCGGCUAAAAGAUAGUGAAGAUCAGUGGAUAGCUGUCAAAGAAAGUGAGAUUUGGGAUCUAAGAGAAGACGCAAGCGAGAUCUUACCUGCUUUGAGGUUGAGUUACACUAAUCUAUCACCACAUUUGAAGCAAUGCUUUGCGUAUUGCGCUAUAUUUCCAAAAGAUGAGGUGAUGAGGAGGGAGGAGCUGAUUGCUUUGUGGAUGGCAAAUGGCUUUAUUUCUUGCAGAAGAGAAAUGGAUUUGCACGUCAUGGGCAUUGAGAUAUUCAAUGAACUAGCGGGAAGGUCAUUUCUGCAAGAGGUCGUGGAUGAUGGAUUUGGCAACAUAACAUGUAAAAUGCAUGAUCUUAUGCAUGAUCUUGCACAAUCCAUUGCAGCACAAGAAUGCUAUAUGAGUACAGGAGGCGAUGGGCAGUUGGAAAUUCCUAAAACUGCCCGUCAUGUAGCUUUUUAUAACAAAUCAGUAGCUUCGUCUUCUGAAGUUCUCAAGGUCCUAUCACUUCGCUCACUUCUUGUGAGGAAUGAACUGUAUGGGUAUGGAGGGGGAAAGAUUACUGGUCGAAAACAUCGAGCCUUGAGUUUAAGAAAUAUCCGGGCCAAGAAAUUGCCGAAGUCAAUUUGUGAUUUGAAACAUCUAAGGUAUCUGGAUGUGUCAGGCUCCUGGAUCAAAACACUGCCUGAAAGUACAACCUCUCUCCAAAACCUCCAGACACUAGAUCUGAGACGUUGCAGUGAACUCAUCCAAUUACCAAAAGGUAUGAAGCACAUGAAAAGUCUUGUCUAUCUUGAUAUAACGGGUUGUUAUUCACUUCGAUUUAUGCCUGUUGGAAUGCGACAGUUGAUAUUCCUACGAAAACUUACCCUGUUCAUUGUGGGUGGGGAGAAUGGUCGUCGCAUAAGUGAGCUGGAAGGGCUGAAUAAUCUUGCUGGUGCAUUGAGUCUCGCAGAUCUUGUGAAUGUUAAGAAUUUAGAAGACGCUAAAAGUGCCAAUUUGAAGUUGAAGAAAGCUCUUUUAUCACUGACUUUAUCUUGGCAUUCGAAUGGAUGUUACCUUUUUAACUCUUGGUCAUUUUUGGCACCACAAGAAAGAAAGAGUAUUGUUAUUCAGGGAAAUAACGAGGAGGUCCUUGAAGGGCUUCACCCUCAUUCAAAUCUGAAGAAGUUGAAGAUAUGUGGAUAUGGAGGUUCAAGACUUCCUAAUUGGAUGAUGAACUUGAACAUGACGCUACCAAAUCUGGUAGAGAUGGAGCUAUCAACAUUUCCCAACUGUGAACAACUUCCACCAUUGGGGAAACUGCAGUUCCUCAAGAGUCUUGUAUUGCAUGGAAUGGAUGGUGUGAAGAGUAUUGGCAGUAAUGUGUAUGGAGAUGGGCAAAAUCCAUUCCCAUCUUUGGAGACGCUGACUUUCGAUUCAAUGGAAAGAUUAGAGCAAUGGGCUGCGUGUACUCUUCCUCACCUUCAAGAAUUGAAGAUAGCUUAUUGCCUUGUGUUGAACGAGAUACCAAUUAUACCCUCCGUCAAAAAAUUAGACAUCCAAGGAGGUAAUGUUUCAUUAAUGAUGUCAGUUAGGAAUCUCACUUCUAUCACCUCCCUUUAUAUAAGACAGAUUCCAAAUGUGAGGGAGCUUCCUGGAGGGUUUUUGCAAAAUCAUACCCUACUUGAAAGCUUAAAAAUUGAUUAUCUGCCAGAUCUGGAGUCUUUGUCUAAUAAGGUAUUAGAUAACCUUUCUGCUCUUAAAAGCUUGACGAUUUGGUGCUGUGAUGAACUUGAAAGCUUGCCAGAGGAAGGUCUUCGGAACCUCACUUCCUUGGAGGUUUUGGAGAUACGUUGUUGUGGAAGAUUAAAUUGUCUGCCAAUGAAUGGGCUGUGUGGCUUAUCUUCUCUUCGUAAGUUAUUUGUUGGAUAUUGUGAUAAAUUCACAUCUCUAUCUGAUGGAGUGCAACAUCUGACGGCACUUGAGGAUUUGGAUCUUAGUCAGUGUCCAGAGGUGAAUUCAUUGCCAGAGAGUAUCCAACAUCUCACUUCUCUCCGAUCUCUACGUAUACGAGACUGCAAGGGAUUAGCUUCUUUGCCAAAUCAGAUUGGAUAUCUCACACCCCUUUCACGCUUGGAGAUUGGGUUUUGCCCUAACGUGGAGUCUUUGCCAGAUGGGGUGCAGAGUCUCAGCAACCUCAUCUCGUUGAUAAUUGACAAUUGUCCAAAAUUGAAGAAGAGGUGUCAGAAAGAGAGAGGAGAGGACUGGCCUAAGAUAGCUCACAUCCCAAAGAUUAUAAUAUACUAAAAAUGAAGAUAAUUUCAAGUACCCUUCAAGAGGACCAGCUACACUGCUAAGGUUGAUCUCUUUUACUGGUCAGAACCACAGGAAAUCUUUACUGUGUGGCCUCUGGAUAGAAAAUUCAGGAGAUGAUCGUGCUAUGAGGAUUCAGAUGGAGAUGAAGCUGACAAUUAUAUAUGUAUGAAUAGUAUUGGAUGGUUUUCAUUUUAAUAUGUGUUUGUGUUCGAACAUAUAAAAGGUCCUAUGAUUUCUGGAGUGUGGCCCAACUUGUCAGAGCAAUACUAUGAUUUCUGUUCAAGUGUUGUCUGAAUAAAUAUAUUUAUGGGCUGGUUUUAGUGGCCACACAUUACCCAUCCA